AUGCCUCACCACAUUCCUUGGAAGGUGAGCGUGAGACAUCACCCAGGAUCAAGUGCUCAGGAUAUCAAGAACGAACCGCAUUGGACGACGGGCCACCAACACCGCAUUGGCUAUCGAAACAGACAGGACCGUGUGCCUGGCCUAACCCAUCAAUACGACGAAGCUGGUGAUCCGCCGGACUUGACGAGAUCGCCCAGCAGCUCGGACCAGGAUGCAGAAGCAGAAUUCGAUGAAGAAGCGAAGGAGGGCUACCGGAAGCUGAAGGAAAAAGCACAGAAGGGCGAACUGGUGAACUUCAGAGACAUCGUGACCAAUGAGAAGGACUUGCAUCUCAGAUAUCCUGAGAAUCGUAGUCUUGGCUGGAGAUAUGUGCUCGAUGCUACCGAGGACUGGGUGAAGAACGAAGAAGAAUGGCCUGCGAAUGUGGAGAAGAGGCAGAAGGAGGAGGCUGCGAAGAAGGAAAAGGAAUCUCAUACGGAAGACGGCGUGCAGAUGAACAAUACCGACCAGGAGAAACCACAGGCUCAGGAGACCGAUCAAGAGGAGAACGAUUGGAAGCGAAAGGACGGGGAGAACAGCAAGCAUCACGAUGCAUAUGCUGCAGACGAUGAGAAUUCCGGGAGCGAGAAGGAGGACAAGUCCGAAUACGAGAAGCUUCUGGAACGAUACACACCUCAAGAGAUCGCUCUGCUACGAUCACUCCAGCACGAGAAAGAUUACCGAAGCAAGCUCCAGCAAAACGACGGCAAGCGCAAGAGCCCCCAAACCCAGAACCGAACCACCAUUGCGAUCGAUGAGCAAGAUCAGUUCUCACCUGAUAAUUGGCUGCCUCGAUCUGAUAACCUGAUUCGCUUGACCGGGAAGCACCCUAUGAAUGCAGAAUCGGAAUUGACUGCUCUGUUCGAAGGCGGGCUGAUUACGCCGAACGAGUUGCACUACAUCCGAAACCAUGGAGCUGUGCCUCGCAUCUUGUGGGAGUUUCAUGAGCUGGACGUCGAGAAUGGGAAGCUGAAGCUGUCGAUGGACGACUUGAAGGAAAAGUACGAACACAUCAAUAUCCCAGUGUCACUUGCGUGUGACGGCAACAGGAGAAAAGAGCUGAACAUGGUCAAGCGAUCGAAAGGUUUCAGUUGGGGAGCGGGAGCAACGGGCUGUGUUUAUUGGAAAGGACCACUUCUGCGGGACAUUUUGCUUGCAGCUGGUGUGCGAGAAAGCAAGUAUACUGGCGAGGGCAAGCUGAGAUGGGUCAAUUUUCAGGGAGCAGAUGAACCGAGCGAGGGCAAGUAUGAGACUUGCAUCCCUCUCGAUUAUGCAAUGGAUGCCACCAAUGAUGUUAUCCUUGCCAUGGAGAUGAACGAUGUGCCUCUCCCACCUGAUCAUGGAUAUCCUGUCCGACUAUUGAUUCCUGGCUAUGUCGGCGGACGAUGCGUGAAGUGGCUGAGCAAGAUUUGGGUCUCGGAUGAGGAGAAUAGCAGUCACUACCAUAUCUGGGACAAUAGAGUGUUGCCAUCAUUCAUCACUGAAAAGGAUGGAGAGUUUGCCAAUGCUAUGUUCGCUCACCCAGACACUGCGUGCAAUGAGCAGAAUUUGAACAGCGUCAUUGUCAAACCUGCGCAAGGUGAGAAGAUUCCAUUGACGCAUGCUCGGAAAGGGAAGACAUACCGAGUGGAGGGGUAUGCAUACGACGGCGGCGGCCAUGAAGUGCAGCGAAUUGAAAUCAGUCUCGAUGGUGGAGAGACGUGGCUGUAUUGCAUCCGCAAGUUCCCCGACUACCCGAUUCGACAUGGCAAGAAGUUCUGGACGUGGCUGCAUUGGUAUGUUGAUGUCUCGAUUGUGCAUCUCAUGGGCGCAAAGAGCAUAUCUGUCCGAGCAUGGAAUGUGUUCAAGAAUACGCAACCGGAAAGACCUGUGUGGAACACGAUGGGAAUGAUGAACAACUGCUGGUAUAUCGUCAAGCCCGAGAUCAAACAAGACAAAGACGACGAUGUGCCUCAUAUAUUGUUUCGACAUCCCGUGGAGCCUGGAACAGGCGAGGGAGGCUGGAUGAAACCCAGCGUGGAGAAUCAGGUCAACGCGGCCAAGCAAGAAGCCGGAGCUCCGCAGAAGCAGUUCACCAGACAGGAAAUCGAGAAGCACAAUACCGAGUCCGACUGCUGGUUAGUGGUGGAUGGGAAAGUCUACGAUAGCACUUCGGUACUCUCGUGGCAUCCGGGAGGCAAAGCAGCCAUUGUUGGUCAUGCAGGCAAAGUGCACCAAGAAACCAGCGAUGAGUUUGCGAGCAUCCAUGAUGGUUUCGCGUAUCAGAAGCUGAAAGAGUGCAUCAUUGGUGUGGUGACGGAGAAAGCUGCAAACUACAUCAAAGCCAAUGCGGAAGCCGCUGCGAAGGAGAAAGCGAACAGCCAGGACAAGUCCGGAGAUGUGGUUCUGCAAAAACACAAAUGGGUACCCGUCACGCUAUCCAAGCGCGAUGAGAUUUCGAAGGAUACCAGACGUUAUACCUUUGCGCUACCCGAUGGAAUGAAAGACCUCGGUUUGGGGACGUGUCAACACAUCCAGCUGGGGUUCCACAUGAAGGAUAAGAUGCUCAUACGAUCGUACACACCCACCAAACCUCUGCUACCCGAUCCGGAUGAAGCCACCUCGAACGGAAACCAGGGAUCGCAGGACACCAACAACAACAAGAACAAAAAUACCAGCAGUGGUGGCCCAAGCUCGGAAAUUCAGUCGUUACAAGACGGAAAUGGCAGCUUCGAGCUCGUGGUCAAGACGUAUUUCCCGUCUGACCAACAGCCCGGAGGCGCCAUGUCCAACAUUCUCGAUUGCAUGCCUCUCGGCGAAGAAAUGGAGAUUCGCGGGCCCACGGGAGAGAUUGUGUACAAUGGGGGCGGCAAGUUCAUCAUCGAAGAGCAAGAACGCCGAUUUCAGAAAAUCUCUCUCGUACUCGGUGGUUCGGGAAUCACACCGGGGUAUGCACUCAUUGCGCGGACGGUAUUAGAGCAGCAGGAGGGCGUGCAAGUGCGGGUGGUGGAUGCGAACAAAUCGGAACAGGAUAUUCUGUUAAAGGAGGAAUUGGAUUGGUUCGUGGAUCAGGGACAAGGGAGGUUGCAAGUGACGCAUGUCCUGAGCCAUCCUAGUAGUGAUGAGUGGCAGGGGAAAACGGGACAUGUCGAUGCUGGGUUGUUGAAGGAGGCAUUGUUCCCGCCCGGGGAGGGGAGUGUGGUGUUUUUAUGUGGUCCGCCCGGUAUGAUUCAAAAGGCUGCCUUGCCGGCUUUGAAGGAGUGGGGCAUGCUAGGGUCCACCGCCAUUCCAUCUCCGCCGCCUUCCUCGCUGCCCGCCUCUACCACUUCUAAUACCGCUGCUGCUACUGCUGACACUACUACUACUACUCCCACUGUCCCUGCGGCGGCCACCACCACCACCACCACCACCACCACCACCGCCACCGCCACCCCCGUUUCCCCCUCGUCGCCCACCCGUCCCAGUCGACUACGCGGCUUUUCGUACUUGCGCAACCAUCUGCAUCGAUCCGACCCUCCGCCGCCCCUCCUCGUCCGCUCGACAUCGUCGCCCAUCGAGUCGGUGGCCUCCGUCGCGAGAACGACCCCGUCCGCCCACCACCAGCACGAGCAGCCUUCGCCGUUGUCCCCAGCAGCAACAGCAACCGCCACAGGUCCACACGCACCGCGGGGUACUUCUGGUGAGCAGAUUGCGCCUACCGCGUCUACAAUCCAGUCCGGGGAGAAGGGCUGGAUACCGACAGCAGCAGGCAGGACCACUGCCCUCACCACCACUGUCUCGGCAACUCCGCAGCCGAACUGCGGGAGGAGCUGCUGCACCACUACCGCCGACAGUAUGACCCAUAGUCGAGCCGCCACGGCCUUCGGCCCAACUGCUUCGAAUACUUCAGUGCGCCGCACUUCCACCGCCGCUGACCUCGCCAAUCUUGCUGCCAUGCCUUCCGUUGUCCCCGCUGUGCCCGCUUUACCUGCGACUACCAUGUCGUCUGCUGCCACGCCCGCUGCCUCGAGCAAGGACCCAUUGCCCACCAUCCGCUUCAUCCCACACGUCGAGAACCGCUCGUCACGGCCCUCGCUACACUUUACCGCGCUUUCUCGCCAGCUCAAACAGCCCGACGCCAAGGUCAGGGUGGGGCGCUUCAGCGAACGCGACAGCCAGACCAGCGACGUCGUGGGCUUCAAGUCCAAGGUCGUCAGCAGGAGACAUUGCGAGUUCUGGUGCACCGAUGGACAGUGGUACGUCAAGGAUGUCAAGUCCAGCUCCGGCACCUUCCUCAACCAUGUGCGCCUGUCCAGCCCCGGGGUGGAGAGCCGCCCGUACCCGGUCAAUGAUGGAGACGUGGUGCAGCUCGGCAUCGACUUCAAAGGUGGUGAGGAGGUCAUUUUCCGAUGUGUCAAGAUCCGCAUAGAAUGCAAUCGUGGUUGGCAGAAGAGUCUCAACAACUUCAAUACCUCUGCACACAAGCGACUGUUCCCUUCGUCGAAAUCUACACCCAAGGCAAAGGUCAGAGACUCGGACACCGCCAGCGUCAACAGCUCCGAGUGCUCCAUCUGCCUCAAUCCAGUCGCACCAUGUCAAGCUCUAUUUGUGGCGCCAUGCAGUCACGUCUGGCACUACAAAUGCAUACGGGGCCUCAUUCAUGGGCCAAAUUACCCCAACUUUCUGUGUCCAAAUUGCCGCUUUGUGGCCGACCUGGAAGCAGAUGUGGAGCAGCCAGAAGAGGAGGCGUUUGAAGAGUUUGAGGCAUUCGAGGAUCAGGCUGAUGCGGGAGGGGAGGCACAGGCUGACAGGGCCAAUGGCACGCAAAGUCGAAAUCACAGCGACGAUAGUGACAGCCAGGACGCCUUCGAGUCACCACCAGGCACCGGAAAUAGCACACAUAUGCCGGAGAUUGACCGAGAUCUCUCGAGAAUGCUCAAUAAUGCAUCUCUCAGCUCGCCAACGCCGCAAGUCUCCGCACGAUCGGAUCGGUCCAACUCAUCUGCGCUUCCGGUACCCACUUCGCAGCCCAUCAAUAUCGCACGAACCGGGUCCGAUCAACGCAGCGUGAACCGUCUCAACGGCGCGCGCUCGACGACGCCCACAUCGCAUGCUCAGUUUGCAUUAUCAGUCGGUCCGCCUGCCAUCACGGAUGGGCCUAUGACGCCCCGAAAUGACGUCGGACCUUUUGUACUUGACGGGAGUGCGGGACGAGAUCGCAUAGUGAAUAAUCUGGUCACGCAAGCCGUUUCCGAGGUUGCUGAACCGACCUCUCCCGAGGAAGUGUCCGCGAGGAACUGGCCUCUGUAAGGAUAUAAUUGUCACGUGCACAAACGGAUGUGAAAAUGCUGGAGAUGAGGGAAAACGUAAUCAUGAGGGCGAAGGGACAGCUCCAUGGGAGGGGGUUCGCGGCCGGACCGCAAAUUGAGCAAAGCAUUUUGAGCGAGCAUGGUGCAUUCUUGGUCUUCUCUCACCUUUUUUUUCUUUGGUAUGCGAUGCAGUUCUACAAUCGCACUUGUUCGCACGAUUCCUGUAUGGAUUGCGCUUUCCAGCUUCGACGUAUUCCACGUGCUUUCAUGUGACUGCAGAGUAAUGUAGGUCAGGUAGUGAAAGAAGCUGCACGAGACUUUG